UUCACUUUAGCUUAUUGCACCAGUGUAGCAGUGCAGCUGAAAAGAACAGACCUAGUGUAUAUGUAUACAUGUAUGUAUAUACGACAAUCUUACAAGUUCAGCGGGCUAAAUGUUAGUUUUAUCAUACUCGUACUGCCACUCUAAUCAUCAUUUUUACUUGCGCGUCAUACAUACGCCACGUUAAAUCGCGUAUAACCACGACACGUUUACAUAGAAGGUAACAGAGAGUGAAGGAGAGAGAAAAGCAAGAAAGGAUAGAGGGAGAGAGAUAGUGAGAGAGAGAAAGGAGAACGGCUGGCCAUCUUGGAAAAGAGACAUGUCGCUUUGGGAUAAACGUCAACAGCGGUAUUGUGUUUACCGCAUGACACACAAGUUCGUCAGCUUGCUGUAAGAAUCGGUUGACACGAUUAUCAUUGACGACGACGACCGCGAGGAUCGCGUCGUCGCACACGUAGCGUACGAACGACGCGGUGGUGUGUCUGUACUGUCCGCCACGCGGACGUACCCCGAGCAUUCCCGAGGUGGUACCGUGGCAAGUUGCCCGUUGUGUUAGUUGCGUCGCACGAUGAAUCGCGGUGACGGUCUAGUGCAACGACGACGUGUGGUUAACAGUGGCAGCGGCGGUGGCGGCGGUGGACUCGGUCAAGAUGGCUCGUGUACAGACCUCGGCACCGGUCACGGCAAUGACAAGCUGUCAGGUCAAAACUGUGCGGACGGAGACUGCUCGUCCUCGCAAAAGGAUCUCAAUUGCAAUCCCACCAUCGACGAGGACGACGACAAAGAGACACGUCUGACACUUAUGGAGGAGGUUCUGUUGCUUGGUCUAAAGGACAAGGAGGGCUAUACAUCCUUUUGGAAUGAUUGUAUAAGUUCUGGACUAAGAGGAUGUAUCUUAGCAGAGCUUGGCUUCCGGGGUAGAGUGGAACUAGAGAAAGCAGGCAUGCGUAAGAAGAGUUUAUUGGCAAGAAAGCUUCUUCUGAAGAAUGAUGCACCUACAGGAGAUGUAUUGUUGGAUGAAGCUUUGAAACACUUAAAGGAUACAGAUCCACCUGAGACAGUGCCCAGUUGGAUAGAAUAUCUCAGUGGAGAAACAUGGAACCCCUUAAAAUUAAGAUACCAACUGAAAAAUGUCAGAGAACGUCUAGCAAAAAAUCUUGUCGAAAAAGGUGUCUUAACAACAGAGAAACAGAAUUUCUUAUUGUUUGAUAUGACAACUCAUCCUCUUACUGAUAAUCUUGCCAAAAGUCGUCUUGUGAAAAAGAUUCAAGAAGCUGUAUUAGGCCGUUGGGUGAACGAUGCUGGUCGAAUGGAUAGACGAACAUUAGCGUUAGUUAUUUUAGCUCACGCUGCUGAUGUACUGGAGAAUGCAUUUGCGCCAUUAUCGGAUGACGAUUACGAAGUGGCUAUGAGAAGAGUACGGACAUUAUUGGAUCUUGAUUUCGAGGCGGAAGCCACUAAACGUAACGCGAAUCCGGUACUUUGGGCUGUGUUCGCCGCAUUCACCAAGUAACAUUCAUUUCAUAAGUUAUACAGAUACGGAAUAAAUGUCGGUUAACUAGUGUGAAUAAUGAGAAAUCACGAAUUUUGCAUGUCGUUUAGUUGCUACAAGAUAGAUACGAUAUGUACUUGACAUUGCGGUGCUUUUGUACCGCUUGAUCAUUGUUAUAGAAGAAGAUUUAUGCAGACCAAAUAAUCUGUAUUCAACCGCCAUAGGGAAUUUCUUAGGAAAUUACUUGUUUCCAUUAUUGUUAUUUAAUACAUUUGAUAGCCAAAUAUAUGAAACAAUCGUUCAUAUUUAAAUAUUAUCGAUUAUUAUGAAACAACAAGAGAGUCUGGAAAUAUGAAUGUAUGUUUUGUGUGCUGAAUAGCCACUAUUUCAUACUCGAGAGAAGGAUUAAUUGCAUUGUACGGAAUUUCGUGCUAAUAUUUACUUUUUGCUUGGUGUCCAUUGCAUUUACAAAUGGAUACUAUGCGGGGUGCCUCAAAAUGGAUGCUGGAUGGUAUUGUUGUUAAUGGAAUUUGGAAUAUAUGUUCUUAGUCAUAAUCUAAAUAUAUCACAUAGAAUAUGUAUGUACAUAUAUAUAUUCCUUUAAAUAUUAAUUUUUAAUAUAUAAUGUAUACAUGUCUACUUAUGUUUUAUUUGUAUCCAUUUAAAUCAUCUUGAUUAGUCUUUUAACUUUUAAGUUUAAUUAAUGUUAACAUAUUAUCUAAUUUCUCUAUAAGAGAGAUUUUUAUAAUUACUUUUAGAACCAUUAACAUUUAAUUCAUUAUGCGGAUAGAUGCUAAUAGAUAGAGUUUUGCACAUGGAAGACUUUAUGUGACAUCAGAUAAAGUGCCACAUUCCUAAUGAUUAUUUGAAUGUUAUAAAAUUUUUAAGCAAACCUUUAUACAUUAUUAUUUCAUUUUAUACAGAUCAUAAUCUUGUUGCAAUGUCUUCUAAUAUGCAGAAAAAACCUACCAAUAGUAUUACCAUGUGACAAUGAAGUACUCCAACUUGAUUCUGUCAAUAACUUAUUCAUUGCAGCGGACUGGGAUUAAUUAAAUAUAAGUUACUACAGAUUAAAGUUUUAUUGGAAGCAAAAUGUAAGAUAUUACAUAUAUUUUACAAUAUGAGAUUGUUUAGUUCGAAAGGACCCAUGUUAUGGUUAUGUACCCUUUCAAGCUGAAUAAUUUUGUCUUCAAAGAAUUUGUUGUAUUUUUACAAGCAAAUAGAAACAUUUUAAAUGGUAAAGAUAAAUGGACCAUUCUGUAUAAUAUGUCGUAAAAAACCUACAAUUCUUUAUACGACGAUAAGUUCCUGUUCAAUAUAAAUUUCUAUUUACUAACUUGUUUCUUAUUUUAUAUAUUAUUUUGUCGUUAAACUUAUUUCAAAAUAGCAGUUAUAAAAAUUUGAGUAAAAAUAUAAUCAUUAAAAAAAGAAAUCAUUAAACAUAUAAAUUACUGAAACAUUAUGCAAAAAAGGUUAAGUACAUUUAUUUUCUUUUAUAAAAAAUGAAAAAUUUAAUUUAGAUUCUGAUAAUAUAAUUUUGCUGUUGAUGUAAGUUUAACGACAUAAAAUAUUUGAAGAUUAUUUUAAUUUAAAUAAACAAUAUAUAUUUCUUUAUAUUUGAGGUUAAUCUUGUUCAGAAAUACAAUCUUGUAUGAAAUUUACAUAAUACAAUAAAUUUUUUAUAUUUUCCCUAAUAAUUAAAUGUUAUUUAAAUUUACAUCUUCUAUAAAAAAAUAUAAGAUGAUAAAGAAUUCUUUCUAACUAGUAUUUAAAAUUCAGAGAGUUACUAUUAUUCAAUGAUAGUGAGAUUUUAAUGAUGAUGGCUUAGUCACUUAAUUAUGUAUUAACAUGAAUUAUAUGGUAUAUAUGCAUAUAUCGUACGUAUAAAUUGUUUCUAAAUGUUACCGAUUUACAACUUUAUAUCAUGAAAAUAUUUUAUCUAAAAAUACUUGUAGAACAAUCAUAUCUCAUCAUAGUUUAGAUUUAUUCGAAAUUUAACUACAAUUAUUAUAUUAUUAUCAUAUACACACACACGCAUACGCACUCACACACAUACACACACACAUCAUUAUCAUCAUCAUCAUCAUCAUCACUAUAUCUUAUAUCCUAUAUCUAUACUUACUAUGUCAUAAUUAUUAUGUUAUUAUUCUAAGUUUAUUAAAAAUUUUAUAAGUAUAUGCGAGUUUCUAUCAUAUUUAAUUUUAAAGAUUCUCUAAUAGGAGAGUACUAUCUUGCCACUUGGUAAAACAUCUAUUUCUUUGAAAUGAUGCUAAGAAGUAUGGAGAACUAGAUUGAAUAUGCAACUUGGUUAAAUAUGAAACACAGAACACAUACUGUUUUAUAUAAUAACAAUAAUAAAUAUUUACAACUUACGCUAUUGUGGGAGAUCUAUUAAAAAAAAAAUCUUUUUCAAAUUCUCAACUGUAACCAUAAAUAUGUCAUUAUUCAUAGUUGACGUUUUGCAAUAAGGGGGACAUAUCUUUAUAUUUGGAAGUGUUUGUCGUAAAAAUUUAAGAAUAAAGAAUUCCAAUUAUGAUGGUAUCUAACACAUCGGAUUUUAUCAAUUUAAGAGAUUGGCCUACUAAUCAUUAUACACUUACACAAUGCAAAUAAGUGCAUGCAAUCUAAAAUUUAUUUCUACUUUUAUGUAUGAUAAAUUAUAUUUAAAAAAUAUGUACACAAAGCGUCGAACUUUAUUAAUGACAAAUCAUUUAAAUCAAAAUAGAUAUAUAGAAAAUUGAACUUUGUACAUUUGAUUAUUGUGUAAAUAUAGUAUUAUACUCUCUUAUAUGGGAGCUUGCUUUAUAGUUUUUAUGUGCACAUACAUAUGUAAUAUAUCGCCAACUGAAAUCCAAUAAAUGAGAAAAAUAAGAAAGUUUCAUUACUUCAUACUGAGUUUUCUUUUAACUGGUGCUAUUUAUGUAUAAGUACAGAAAUAUACGUUCUUUCAUAACACAAAUUGAAUAUAAAAUUAAGUUACAUUAUACAACACUUGAUGUAUAAAGGCGUCUCGUAAUUUAUAUAAUCUAAGGCAUACACGCAAUCAAUAGUGUACUUACAGGACAUAUAAGUUAUAAUUUUAAAUAAUCAUGUAAAAGCGGCAUUGUUUAAUUAUAUCGAGAAUAAGACAAGAAAUCUUAACUUUGUGAUUCCAUAAUCACUUCCAAUUUAUUGUAUAAAGACGUGUAAAAAAUAGAUAAUUAUCAUGUUUAUGUA